GCAGUGCAGAAAAAGAUUUGAGUCAUUUGGACGCAAUUUUUCCCAUUCUCUUGGAAGAAAUCUUUUCCACUGUAUGCUGAUGAAACAUUUUGAUGGACGUUUUAUUGCUCACCAAGAACUACCUUUAAAACCAUUUGAGAUAUAUACUGCCCCUUGCAGAUAUGUGAAGUAUAAACCACAGGUGGACAUUUGUCUUGAUGAUCCAAGCUAUGAUGCCAGCAUCUGUUUAAAUAUCAUUGAAAUGUGUUCGAAACCUGAUCUUGAAGAUAGCAUACAUCAAACAAUGUUUUAUACACUAAGUGGUGGAAGAUCAACAACUCAUUGCUAUAUCAUUAAAGUAGCUGCGAGAGGAAUGUUUCAGGUGUAUGUUGGACAGAUAGAUUGGCCAGUUGAAAUGCAUCAAAUGAUGAUGAUUUGUGGAAGUAAUAUUACAAGGGAGCUAGGAUUUAAUCACCAAAAUCACUCUAAACCUAUAACAGCAAAGUAUGCUCACCUUGGGGAUAUUUCCCUUUCUGAUGAUGAUUGUCCUGUUGUAUCAUUAUUUUUGAAAACUGUUGAGAUUCUAUCUAAAUCAGAGAGAAACACCUUUCUUCCUAUCACUGAUGACAUGAUGGAAAUAAUUGAGAUGAGAAGGAGUACCCGGAAACAUAUUCCAGGAUGUGUAUUCAAUGAUUUAAAUAUCUGCAAUGAAAAAUUUGACCAGUGUUCUUCAAGAGAAGAUACCCCAGAUGAUGAUUCAACUGAUUAG